UAUAUAUAGCUAGGAAAAUUAAGGAGGAAACUCUAAAGCAGUUGAACAAAAAGUUAGGUGAAUAUCGUUGGCCUUAAUGUUAUAUACCCUUUUACUCAUUCUUCUUCUUUCUUCCCUACGAAUAUCUUUAUAACCUUUCUCGUCUUCUCAUUCUUCUUCAUCUUGAUAUCCCCAAAUAUAUACAUAAAUAAACCUACAUAUAGCGUGUGUGUGUGAGAGAGAGAUCUAGAUAGAGAAAGCUUCAUACAAUGGAAGGGGUCGACGACACAAACCCGACGUUAACACUUGAAGAAGGCGAAAACAACCCCUUUUCUUCCUUUGAUAAAACAUUAAUGAUGAUGGAUCCUUCCCUAAUGUUUUCCAGCGAUAUGGGGCCAUCUUCAUCUUGUUCUCCGGCCAGUUUUCAUAUGCCUGCUCAGCCAGAGAAUUUUCAACAUGGUGAAGGAGGAGACGCGGUGGAGAUUGGAGGAUUAAGUGAUCAUAAUAAGAAUAGUAAAGGGAAAGGGAAGAUAUCAUCGGCGAUGCAGAGGAUUGCGUUUCAUACGAGAAGUGAUGAUGAUGUUCUUGAUGAUGGUUAUAGGUGGCGAAAAUAUGGUCAGAAAUCUGUCAAAAACAAUGCUCAUCCCAGAAGCUAUUAUAGAUGCACCUACCAUACAUGCAACGUGAAGAAACAAGUGCAGAGAUUGGCAAAAGAUCCAAAAGUCGUCGUAACAACCUACGAAGGUGUUCAUAAUCAUCCUUGUGAGAAGCUCAUGGAGACUCUCAGUCCUCUCCUUAGGCAACUUCAAUUCCUCACCAGAGUUUCUGAUUUGUGAUUUAAUGUUAAUUAGUCAUGUAAUUAAAGCAUGAUAAUCUUGGUUUAAUCAUUUCAUUGACCUCAGUCUCCCAAGGAAAAAAAUGUAUAAAACAAAUUUAAGAUUAUAAAUUUUCAAGUUCAU